AUGGCGGCUACAUCCUACUCCACAGACCCGACGCUCUACCUCUAUACCUCCCUCACAGCCGGAUCCUCUCACAUCAUUACCGCGACUUCAAGGCUAGAAACCAUCCUCAAGGCCAACAAGAUCCCCUUUCGAGCACUGGAUUGUGCAACGGAUGAGAAGGCCCGUAUGCUAUGGGGCAGGAGAUCCAAGGGAAGAAAGCUGCCGGGCCUGGUCAAAUAUGGAGAAAUCAUCGGCGAUCUCGAGCAAAUCGAGGAGUGGAAUGAGUAUGGCGAGCUCAAAGAGCAAAUUGCUGCAACUCAAGAUUUUGGCAGCCUAACUGCCACCGCGAACCUGGCUCCACAAGUUCCGGCAACGAGCGCUUCUUCAUCCAGCCCUCCCUCGCGUGCCUCGUCCGAGACUCGCCACAUAUCGAUUGCGGAACCGACAGAGAAGGAAAAGCAUGCUGCAGCCGGGGAUGCAAAGCCAGCUUCGUCACAGAAGUCGGCCGAAUCGCACAUGAACAUGGCCAUUCGGCAGUUGGGCGCGGAAGCCGCAGCCAAAGCCACCCAAAAGAAAGGCGCUGCUGCCCAGCCUACCAAAGCCGCAGCAGUUCCCACCAAGGGGCAGAGCACCACAGACCAAGUGCCCACGGCCGCAGCUGACAGACUGAGCACGGAGGCGGCGGUGGAGUCGGCCGACACGGCCAAGGAGGUCACGGCUGCUAAAACGCCGGCUCAACUUGCCUUGGAGGGCGCUGCAAGAACUUCUGUCGACAAAAUCGCCGAGUCAAGUGAUAAACUAACUGCAGGCGGUGGAGAAGAGGCGUCGUCGUCAAAAGAAGAACAAAUCCUCGAAAUGCGACGAUCGAGUAGCAUUACAACGUCGAAGUCGAGGCUGAAUGACGUUACACCAAUAGAAGAGAGCGAUAAGGUUCUGGCAGAGCAGGAAGAGACAUCGACAGCAUCACAGUCUUCGAUCGCGGUGGCCGAGAAUGAAAUCAGUGCCGGUUCUUCUACAAGUUUACCCCAGCAGGCAGCGCCACGUAGGCAGCAUCGUGGGAGUGACAUUGGAGAAGCGACACCGGAGGAGAUUAGAGCGCUGGAAAAGAAGUUGAGUAUUCCAGAGGAGGACGAUGACGGGGAUGAUGCUGUUGAGAUACCCGAAAGCAAAGCAACCGAAGUGUCAAGCUCCGCCAAGGGCGAGAACGAGGCAGCAAAAGGGACGGAACCACAAAAGACAGAGCCGAAGGACGCGGACAAGGCUGGGGUCAACGUGGGUGACUGA